GCAGCCAAACAGCAGCUCCCGCAUUUCACAGUUCUUCGUCGUUCGCGCUGGUUGUUGCCUCAGAUUGGGGCGGAUCGGACUCCACUCGCGCUGCUGAAGAAGAAAAAAAACACGUUUCAUACCACCUUGGAGCCCGAGUCUCAGCUGUAUUUCAGAACCUCCUCCUUCCCCCUCCUGAGAAUAAAAGACAACAAACAUAAACGUAUCCGUGAGAUCCGUGAAUAUCGGGCGUUGUUUGUUUGAGAGCCAGACGCGUAAUAUAUAAAAUACAUAUAAAACGCGCGAUCGAGUGUUCCUCAAGCCCAAAAGAGAGGCGGCAACGAAAUAAAUAUCUCUGGCAGUGGCCAAAAAAAAACAUAUAGGUAGUAUAAUGCUAAUAAAACCGAAAACAAGUUUUGUGCUGUGCCCGUGCCCGUGCCCGUGCCCGUGCCCCUGCUGCCGCUGAUGUUCUCGGAAAAAACAUUCGCCAUCAUCCAAAGCUGCCGCAGCGCCAGAGCCACAGAAGCCCACAGCGGACCCGAGAAUAGAUACCUAUUCGUAGUACUUCCCAGCAGAUGCCAAUUCCGAGCAACGAAUGUGAUGCGUGAAUAGCAGGCAGGAGAAUUCCAAGAGAAUCCCAGAGAGUCACAAACCAAAAAACCAAAAAGUAAAACCAAAUCCGGAAUCACAAAUCAAUAUUCACAUAGAAACACGAAAGAAAGAAAGCCAAAUGCUGACGCAACCGAAUGCCAAUUGCAGUUGCACGAACUGAACGGAUACUCAGUUCUGAAACACACAGACACACACACACACACACACAAUGGACGACCUGCAGGCCUCCAUUGUGCCCCUGGUGGACAAAUGCUCCGCCACGAAGGCAGUCAUACUGCCAGCAACAGCAGCGAAAGUCACAGACACAGACAUCACCGCAACAGCAACAGCAGCAGCAGCAUCACAGCCAAAUGCCGUGCUCUACAAGAGCAGCAACAACAGUGCCACGCUGUCAACGCUCUCCCUGAGUCCCACAACUAAUCCUAAUCCCAAUUCCACUCCGAGGGCAGAGCCCGUGCCCCUCCUGACGCCGCUGCAGAAGAUGACCAACGACCUGAAGCAGUGCAAUACCAAUGCGAACCACGGGUCGCAGAACAACCUGUGCAAUGGCGUGGGCGUGGCACUGGCCCCCAAGGUAAUGAACAAUGGCAGCAGCAGCUCCAACGACCAGAAGAAGGGCACCAUCUCGCUCUCCCACCUGCCCCAGCGGCCUCCCGUGGACAUUGAGUUCUGUGAUAUAUCCUACUCGGUGGCCGUCGGCCAUAGGCGCGGCUGCAAGACCAUCCUGAAGAGCGUCUCGGGAAAGUUCCGCAAUGGAGAGAUCACCGCGAUCAUGGGUCCCUCGGGGGCAGGGAAAAGCACGCUGAUGAAUAUCCUGGCGGGCUACAAGACUGCCCAACUCUCCGGAUCGGUGCUGAUCAACAGCAAGGAGAGGAACCUCCGCAGAUUCCGCAAGCUCUCCUGCUACAUCAUGCAGGACGAUGUCCUGAUCGCCAAUCUGACGGUGGGCGAGGCCAUGAUGGUGGCCGCAAAUCUCAAGCUCGGGAAGCACAUGAUAUCCUACGCCAAGCGGGUGGUCGUGGAGGAGAUCCUCGAGACCAUCGGCCUCAAGGAGUCGGUGCAUACGCUCACCUGCAACCUGUCGGGAGGGCAGAGGAAGCGGCUUUCCAUCGCUCUGGAGCUCGUCAACAAUCCCCCGGUGAUGUUCUUCGACGAACCCACCUCCGGGCUGGACAGCUCCACCUGCUUCCAGCUGAUCUCGCUGCUCCGAUCGCUGGCCCGCGGCGGGCGCACCAUCGUCUGCACCAUCCACCAGCCGUCGGCGCGUCUCUUCGAGAAGUUCGACCAUCUGUACCUGCUGGCCCAGGGGCAGUGCGUCUACGAGGGCCGUGUGCGGGGCCUGGUGCCGUAUCUGUCCUCCCUCGGGUUCGAGUGCCCCUCGUACCACAAUCCCGCGGACUACGUCCUGGAAGUGGCCUCCGGGGAGUACGGGGAUGCGGUGCCGAAGCUCGUGCAGGCCGUCAAGGGCGGGGCGUGCAAGAAGUACGCCCACAAGGACUACUGCCUCACGCUCCUGCCCACCAAGGCCGCGGAGAGUGCCACCCUCCACCUGGAGGAUGAGAAGCCCCCCCUCCUCUCAGGAGAUUCUAAUCCUUUGGAUGCGGAAGCCGAGGCCGAAGCCGAUGCGGAUCUAAAACCACCGAAGCUGGAGGCGCAACAGUCGCAGAACUCCGACUGCAGCGCCGUCAUUCUUAUGCCCCAAUCCAACGACGACAGCUGCAGCUUCAGCUCCUCCAAGGGCGGCGGCGCCCACAAUGCAGUCGGGGGGCCGCCCAGUGGCGGCGUCGUCGGAUGCAUGACCUCGCUCCUGGACUCGCACGAGAGCGUGGUGACCCUCCCGAACAAGACGGGGUUCCCCACCAGCGGCUGGACGCAGUUCUGGAUCCUCCUGAAGCGCUCCUUCCGCACCAUCCUACGAGACAGAAUGCUGACGCACAUGCGCCUCUUCUCGCACGUGAUUGUGGGGGCCAUAAUCGGGAUGAUCUACUACGAUGUGGGGAACGAGGCCUCCAAGAUCAUGAGCAAUGCUGGAUGCAUCUUCUUCGUGUCUCUGUUUACCACCUUCACGGCCAUGAUGCCCACCAUUUUGACAUUUCCCACUGAAAUGUCCGUGUUCGUGCGGGAGCAUCUCAACUAUUGGUACUCUCUCAAGGCGUUCUACUUUGCCAAGACGAUAGCGGACAUGCCCUUCCAGAUAGUCUUUUCAAGCGUCUAUGUCCUGGUGGUGUACUACCUGACAUCCCAGCCGAUGGAGUGGAACCGCGUCUCCAUGUUCGUCCUCAUCCAGGUGCUCAAUUCCCUCGUGGCCCAGUCGCUGGGGCUGCUCAUCGGCGCCGGGAUGAACAUCGAGACGGGGGUGUUCCUCGGGCCCGUCACCACCAUCCCCACGAUACUGUUCUCCGGGUUCUUCGUCAACUUCGACACCAUCCCGGGCUACCUGCAGUGGGUCACGUACGUCAGUUAUGUGCGCUACGGAUUUGAGGGCGCCAUGGUGGCCAUCUAUGGCAUGGACCGCGCCAAGCUGCAGUGCAACCAAAUGUACUGCCAUUACCGAGUGCCCAAGAAGUUCCUCGAGGAGAUGUCCAUGGACAAUGCCCACUUCUGGGUGGAUGCCGUGGCCCUGACGGGGAUAUUCUUUGCCCUCCGCAUCAUCGCAUACUUCGUGCUGCGGUGGAAGCUGCACAUGAUCCGCUAAGCGGAUCUGCACCUGUGGCCCGUAUCUCUAGUUCAUCUGUUAGAUACCAACUAUUGACGAGCCCAGGACUGUAUGUAAAAAGGCGUAAAGUGAUCAGGGAUCAUUGUAGAUAUUCAAUUUCUCUCCUCCCUUCAGGCUUUGUACGUUUAUACACCACACACACACACACACACACACAGACAGAUACAUAGAUAGAUACAUUUACCGCCAGAGGGUAUUAUACAAAAACAACUACAACUACAACACGGUUCUAAUUAUAUAUCUAUAGAUGAGACACCCGAUAGAUACAUAGAUAGUGUAGCUGUAGCUCUGUUCUGCAUACCAAAACAUUCAGAACUACACAGAAAGGAAAACAAAACGGAAUUUAAAUUUACAUAGAGACAUAGGCGUAGAUAUAGAUACUAUAUUCUACAUACCGAUCUAUAUAUAGGCUUGCCCACGUAGUGGUUCCCCCCGUACACGUACACGUACACGUGCACGAGCACGGAAACCCUCUCCUCCUGCAUUGAAAGCAGAGUAUUCUUGUGACCAAAAGCUGAAAAGAGUCUGAACUUAAGUGUAGAUUGAAAAACACACCUCUUGUAGAAACCCGA